AUGGGCAAAUCAAGACCUAGAUAUAAUGAGAAAGCUCGUGCCUCCUCGAAGAAACCUACACAAAAGCCUCACCCUAAAGCAAGAGACGGAGGUUUAGAUGUUCAAGCUUUCGACUCUGAAGCUACAGCAUCCUCAACUACUUCAAAGCAGGAAAUUAAAGAUACAAAUGAGUUGAUGCUUAUUCCCGGCCAAAAGAAAGAAGGCGAGGACGAAGCAACCAAGUCAAGAAAGACGCCCUCUUUCAAACAGCCCGAGAAAUAUAUGUCAAAGAAAAAGAAAAAGAAACUUGAAAAAUACAUUGAACAAAAACUGAAAAAAGAUGCUCGUGCUGGCCUAUUGGAAAAACUCUCUACAUCAUCCUGGUCUUCAGAUUUAUUGAAAUCUUCUAAAUUGAUUGGUCGUUCUGGCCAAACAUUGAGAGAACAACUUCACCAAGCAAUGCUGGAACAAAAAGCUGGACUGACACCAGAUGAAAAUAUACCGUUGGUUAUCGAAAAGGAAGUCCAGGAACCAGUGGUAGUAAUGGAUGUAGAUGUCGAACAGCAGCAACAACAACAGCCAGAACAGCCACAACAAGCAGAAAUUAAACCGGUGAUGGGAAGCGCAUUAAAAGGAGCCUUACCGAGUAUGAAAAGAAAAAGAAAGAAGAAGCAUAGUACCAUUCCGGCUAUAGCAAGAAAACGAUAUAAACAAAGAACAGGUCAGGAUUCAGACGACUCAUUUGAUAGCUCUGAUUCAGAAUAUGAUGAAAAAGAAAUUGAAGAACCAACAAUCGACGAGAAGGAAUCGAAUGAUAACGACGAGGACGACACCAAUGAAGCCGACGACCAGCCUCAAGAACCAACCCAUCUUGAACAAGUAACAGAAGCUGCCAAAAAUAUAGUAACACCAGUUCCUAAGCGUCAAGAAGACGAGGACGACGAACUUAAAAUACAACUCUUAAAGAGUCAUCGUGAAGGCGAUUUAGCAGAUGAUACAGCAAAGCCGUUUUAUGUUACGGUUAAUCGUAAACCAGAAAUUCAAGAAGCUCGUUCCAAGCUACCAGUUGUUGGAGAGGAACAAGUGAUUAUGGAAGCCAUUCGAAAUAAUACUGUAGUGAUUAUUUGCGGUGAGACAGGUUCUGGUAAGACGACUCAGGUACCUCAGUUCCUGUAUGAGGCUGGCUGGUCGCACCGAGAUAGCGACAAUCCUGGAAUGAUUGGUGUCACUCAACCUCGUCGUGUGGCCACUGUUAGUAUGGCUAAACGUGUUGCAGAAGAAUUGAAUUUGUCGGAUAAAGAAGUUUCGUACCAAAUUCGUUAUGACGCAACUGUUUCUGAUAAAACACGGGUCAAAUUCAUGACAGAUGGUGUACUGCUACGUGAAAUGUCCCAAGAUCUACUUCUGACCAAAUACUCUAUCAUUAUCAUUGAUGAAGCGCACGAACGUAAUCUCAAUACAGAUAUCCUUAUCGGUGUUGUUAGUCGUGUGCUUAAAUUGAGAGCUGAAUUAAGCCGCGAAGACCGUGAAAAAAUCAAGCCUUUGCGUGUCGUGAUCAUGUCUGCUACUUUGCGUGUUUCUGAUUUUACUGAAAACAAAGUCCUGUUUCCGAAAGUGCCUCCCGUUAUCAAUGUGAAUGCACGUCAAUACCCCGUUUCUAUUCAUUUUAAUAAGCGAACUCCCGAGGACCACGUAGCUGAAGCAUUCAAAAAAAUUACCAAAAUUCACGAACGGUUACCGCAUGGCGGCAUUUUAGUUUUCUUGACAGGUCAAAACGAAAUCAAUCAUUUGUGCAAAAAAUUACGAAAGAGAUACCCUGCUUUGCCUCCUAAAGCAACCAAGAAACAAGUAACUGAAGAGAAAAAAGCAAUUGAACUGGAAACAAAUCAUAUCAACACACCCACAGCAGGCAAAGAGGACAUUGAAAAAGAGGACCUUGAGUUUGGCGAAGAUCAAGUGGAAGAGGACUUUGAUAUUGAUACUGACACUGAAGAUGAAGAUGACAUAGCUGAAGGAUUUGAAGAUGACGAACUGGAUAAUGUUAAAGACGCUCCAUUGCAUGUUCUCCCAUUAUAUUCUAUGUUACCUACUGAAGCACAACUUCGUGUCUUUCAACCUCCUCCCGAAGGCACACGACUAUGUGUGGUCGCUACUAAUGUAGCAGAGACUUCUGUCACUAUUCCUGGUAUCCGUUAUGUAGUUGAUUCUGGUAAAGCCAAGGAACGUAAAUAUGAUGUAGCUACAGGUGUACAAUCUUUCGAAAUCGACUGGACUUCGCAGGCGUCUGCGGGUCAACGUGCAGGUCGUGCUGGUAGAACAGGGCCUGGUCAUUGUUAUCGACUCUUCUCCUCAGCCGUAUUUGACAAUGAAUUUCCCAAGUUUUCCACACCCGAAAUUCAUCGCAUGCCUAUUGAAGGCGUCGUAUUAAACAUGAAAUCCAUGAAUAUCGACAAUGUAGUCAACUUUCCUUUCCCCACACCACCCCCAAGGGACGUGUUGUAUAAGGCCGAAAAGCUUCUUGGAUAUUUGGGCGCUCUUGAUACAAAUACCAAGUGUAUUACAGACUUUGGUCGAACCAUGUCUAUAUUCCCUGUUUCGCCGCGCUUCGCCAAGAUGCUCAUCAUAGGUCAACAACAUGAAUGUUUACCCUAUGUGAUUGCUAUGGUAUCAGCCCUUACUGUAGGUGAUCCUUUUAUCCAGGACUAUCAUUUGGAUGAAAAUCAACCCGACAGUGACGAAGACGACGAUGAUGAUUUGCAACAUCAAGAGCUUAAAAACCUUAAAAGUCAAGAUGUUGCAGAGAAGGCGAGACGAAAAUUAGUGAGAAAGAAAUAUUAUUCUACUCAGUUGAAACAUGCUGGCUUGGAUCCGUCGAGCGAUAUUUUAAAGUUACUCAAUGCUGUGGGUGCUUACGAGUUUGCUGGUGCUACGGUUCAAUUCUGUGAAGAAAACUUCUUACGACCUAAGGCCAUGGAAGAAAUCCGUAAAUUACGCCGUCAACUCACAAAUCUGAUGCUAAGCAAUUUCCCAACUUUGGAUAUAUGUUUAGAUCCUAAAAUGAAACCGCCCAGUGCGACUCAAUUGAAGGUGUUAAGGCAAGUACUAACAGCAGGAUUCAUCGAUUCUGUAGCGAUACGUCAAGAUGUGUUGGAGACUGGAGGUGGCAAAGGCGUCAAAUAUAAAAAUUCACAAAACGUUGUAUACAAGCUGUUAUGGUCAGAUGAAGAGGCCUUCAUUCAUCCGAACUCUAUACUUUUUGCCCAUGAGCCACCUGCAAUGGUUGUCUAUAAUGAAUUGUUCAAAGGAUCCACGAAAACAUGGUUAAAGGGUGUCACAGCCGUUGAGGCCAAAUGGCUUGCUAAAAUUGGAAAAGAUCUUUGCUCUUUUGGCCGACCACUCGAAUUUCCUUUGCCAAAAUACAUUGACGAUAAACAACAGCGAAGAACGGUAUAUGUCGUUCCUAGUUUCGGUCCAAAGAGCUGGCCACUUCCUCCUAUUAAAGUCGAACAGAGAAGAGAAGGAACCCGUUGGGUUACAAUGAUGUAA